CUGCUCCAAUUCGUGGUUAUGCACGCGGAACCUUUCUCAUCGAUUCAGGUGGCACAUCGGAUGAAAUUUCUCUGCGCACUCACUCAGCAAGCGCCGCAUUUUUGCAAACAUGGCAGCACAGAUGGCGACGACGAAGGUUCCAGAAGUCCGUGACAUCACCAGGAUUGAGAGAAUCGGAGCUCAUUCUCACAUCCGUGGGCUUGGGUUGGAUGAUGCCUUGGAACCUCGUCAGGUGUCCCAGGGGAUGGUUGGCCAGCUGGCGUCCCGUCGUGCAGCUGGUCUCAUCCUGGAGAUGAUUAAAGAUGGCCACAUCGCUGGCAGGGCUGUCCUGAUUGCUGGCCAGCCUGGCACUGGGAAAACUGCCAUCGCUAUGGGUAUUGCCCAGUCCCUUGGCACAGACACCCCCUUCACAGCCAUGGCCGGCAGUGAGAUUUUCUCUCUGGAGAUGAGCAAGACCGAGGCCCUCAGCCAGGCCUUCAGGAAAGCCAUCGGAGUCCGGAUCAAAGAGGAGACUGAGAUCAUUGAAGGAGAAGUGGUGGAGAUUCAGAUUGACAGACCAGCCACUGGAACGGGUGCUAAAGUGGGUAAGCUGACCCUGAAGACUACAGAGAUGGAGACUAUCUAUGACCUGGGCAGUAAGAUGAUCGAGAGCCUCAGUAAAGAACGAGUUCAGGCAGGGGAUGUAAUCACCAUUGAUAAAGCCACAGGGAAGAUUAGCAAGCUGGGCCGCUCCUUCACCAGAGCCAGAGACUACGAUGCUAUGGGAGCACAGACACAGUUUGUCCAGUGUCCUGAGGGGGAGCUACAGAAGAGGAAGGAGGUGGUGCACACAGUGUCCCUCCAUGAGAUAGAUGUCAUAAACAGCCGUACACAGGGGUUCCUGGCCCUGUUCUCUGGUGAUACCGGAGAGAUCAAGUCUGAGGUCCGCGAACAGAUUAAUGCAAAGGUGUCUGAGUGGAGGGAGGAGGGCAAGGCUGAGAUCAUCCCUGGGGUGCUGUUCAUCGACGAGGUGCACAUGCUGGACAUGGAGUGUUUCUCUUUCCUGAACCGAGCCCUGGAGAGUGACCUUUCACCUGUCCUCAUCAUGGCCACCAACAGAGGCAUCACACGUAUCCGAGGCACCAACUACCAGAGUCCCCAUGGUAUCCCUAUAGAUCUACUGGACCGCCUCCUCAUCAUUGCUACCUCCCCCUACACUGAGAAAGAGACACGGCAGAUCCUCAAGAUCCGGUGUGAGGAGGAGGAUGUGGAGCUGAGUGAGGAGGCUCACACUGUCCUGACACGUAUCGGCCAGGAGACAUCGCUGCGUUACGCCAUCCAGCUUAUCAGCACCGCAGGCCUGGUGUGUCGCAAGCGCAGGGGAACAGAGGUGCAGGUGGAGGACAUUAAGAGGGUCUACUCUCUCUUCCUGGACGAGUCCAGAUCCUCACAGUACAUGAAGGAGUACCAAGAUUCAUUCCUUUUCAAUGAAACAACACAACCUACAAUGGACACCUCUUAAUUGAUACGGACUGCAGAUAAUUUUUAUAGCACGUUCUCCUGUGAAGUUCUUCUGUUUUUUGUUUUGUUGCCAUACUCCAUUUCUCUGAUACUGUGUUGACUUAGCUUUGUCUUUAAAUGCCGUUUAUUGUUUCAUUGAGUUAAAGUGUACAUGAAACCUACUUUUUGAUUAAAUGUUGUUUUUCCUCAUAGAUUUUAUAUAAUUGCCUAAAAUGUAGUGUUGUCAUGCAUUGAUUUACAACGCUUAACUUCAUGAAACAAAGGCAAUGUAGAUGUUGUCAAUGUUCUUUUAAAGAGGUGAGUAAAAGGUUUUUGAUUUGAAAGAAAUACAGUUUCUCUGUCACAAAGACCUCAAGUGCUAUGUACAAUACAUCCACCUUCUCCCUACUACAAAGCUAGCCUCAUGGGGUACCCCUUUUGUUACGUCAGGAUGUGGUUUGCUUUUUAUUUUUUAUUUUGAAAUAAAAUUAGUAUCUCAAAGAC